AUGCCGAAGAUCACCGAGAUUCUCUUCGAUUGCGACAAUACUCUUGUCCUCUCCGAGGAAUUGGCCUUUGAAGCAUGUGCCGAUAUUGCAAAUGAAAUCCUCGAGAAGAACAAGAUCGACCAUCGCUACACUGGCGAUCAGCUCAUCGUCGACUUCGUUGGUCAGAACUUCCGUGGAAUGAUGGUUUCCCUCCAGGCCAAGUUCAACUUCGCUUUGAGCCCAGAGGAACUUGAAAGCUACGUGAAGGAGGAGGAAGACCGUGUCAUCGCCAAGCUCGUCGCCAAAGCCAAACCCUGCGUUGGAGCCACCGAAGAACUCGAAAAGCUCGCAAAGUCCGGCAAGUACGGCCUUGCCGUGGUCUCCUCCUCGGCGCUUCGCCGCGUCAGAGCCUCCAUCCAGAAGGUCGACCAGGAGAGAUUCUUCCACAAGGACCAUGUGUUCAGCGCUGCUACCUCUCUUGAGAAGCCAACCACCAAGCCAGACCCAGCAAUCUACCUGCACGCCCUCAAAGUACUCAAGAAGGAAGCCACUGAAUGCGUUGCCAUUGAGGACAGCAAGAGCGGUGCACUGAGUGCCAUUCGUGCUGGAAUCCCCGUCAUCGCCUACGUCGGAAGCUAUAACGGUACCACCAAGCAGACUGAGAUGGCCAAGGUUCUCCUUGACUUGGGCUGCAAGGUCGUCAUGAAGGACUGGGCUGAAUUCGAGAACUGCAUGGCUCAGAUCGAGGCUGCUUAA